UUUAGCAAGAAAGUGUAGUGGAAUAUUUAAGAUUCCUAAUGGCCCCCAUGAUUCCGUACCAAACAGAUAACUGCAAGCCAAACUACCAAUGGAUAUGGAGACUCAAUGUGUUCUCCUUCUGCUGCUUUUGCUGUGUGCUGUGUCCACCUGCUGGGGACAGCAAGUCUACCUGACCCUGGGAUUGGGUCCUGUCAUCACUGCUAACAAUACUGAGAUCCUCAUCACUGCCAUUGGAGAGGAUGUCCCGGGUGGUGGUCUGCCUUCUCUCACCUGUCACACUGAUCUGACUACCUGCUGUAGAAAUAUUGGUGACAACAAUGGCAAUGGAUCACUAGGACAAUGGACGUAUCCUGAUGGGAGUGUGUUACUGAACAAUAGGGACUCAACGGAUGCUGAACAGCAGUUCUAUAGGCUAAGGAAUGCACCUCAGCUCAUCAGACUGGCUCGUAGAGAGUUUAACGACCCCCUCACUCCAACUGGGUAUUACUGUUGUACUGUACCAACUACUGGAGGAAAUAUGACCUUCUGUGCUACACUAGGUGCGUGGCCAGGCAUGGAUUGCACAAUGCUUGGCAUGCAGUAAUCUAUAUAACACAUGCAUGCAUGCAGUCGUGUGUAUGUCCCUCCUUUUUCCCACCAACGGAGUCAUUUCCUACUCUGACCCAACACUGGGUGAGAACACUGUGGCUGCCUAUACCUGUGACAUUGGCUACACUCUCAAUGGAGGCAGCACCAGCACUUGU